AUGGAAAGAAAUAUGUAUGGUGAACCAAUACCAGUUGCCUCAGAGCAAAGCCAUCAUUCUACUGGAGUUUCAUCAUUUCUAGAUACAAACUGCAAUGAUCAAACAAAAACAAGAACGGCGUUUUGUGCCAAAAUUAUCAAGGAUGUCAGCAUUGGUGAGUCCUCGGGAAAUGAUGAUAGAUCUGAACAUGACGGUAGCUCAGUUGAAGAUGGUACAAGUUCAAGUUCAAGCGAGGAUGGAUCAGAAUAUGAAUCAACAAGGGAGGUUAUUGAUUUUGAGGCAAAUGAGUCAAUAUCUAUAUCUGAGAGUGAAUCCAGUCAGAAAGAGAAAAAGGAUGUCACGUGCAUUGGAUAUAAAAAAUGUCCACCACCGGUUAGACACAAUUAUGACGCAAUGCCUGAUGAGGAAAAUAGAACUCAUUUUGCACCAUCUGUUUCUUUAAACUUUGAGGAGUUUACAACCGGACAUGGAUACAAAAUGGAAGUAUCAUCAGAUUCGGAUGUGUCAACAGUUACAAGUGUGUCAACUGCUGAACAAAAUCUGGAUCCUCCUGUCAUUGUUGAGGAUGCUGAUUCUUCAGAUGAUAAAUCUGAUGAUACUGACUCAGCACAGUCUGAUGCGAAAUAA